UCCUUGUUGUGCCCUACCUGUGCCUGUCUGAUGUUAGCCUGUUAGUAUGCACCUAUUGUUAACAUAGUUAACGUUGUAGGGCGGCGGUGUUUAACCAGCAAUACCUUACUGGUGACUUAUUAUGGCCGUGUUGGCUGUCUGUUUAAUUGUUUUGUAAAUCCUCUAACUUGGUACAUUUACGUUUAAGGCGUAGCGGAAUGCGCUACAAUGAUUGAAGGGGAAACUUAAGGUUGGCUUGCAGGGACGCAGCUCGCAUUCCGUUGCAUACCACACAGCCCGUGUGCGUGUUCCGACAAGCAGCCGGUGCUUUUAGCACUGACUGAGAGCAGUAAUACACCCUCGAGCACAACACCGAGAAGACAAAGGGAGCUGCAACUUAUUGUAUAUGUUCUAGAUGGGCAGCAUUGUAAGCAGGAGCGCGAUAAUCACUUUGCUGCAAAGUUGUCCCACUGCAACUAGACAUCACUGCCAAAUUGCAAGAACAGCAUUUGUGUGUUGGAUCAAAGAUUGAUGAUCUUCAGUAGAAGUGCCUGCUGACUGCUGAGUUCUGGACACUGUGAUGGAAAAUCCUGACGAUGAAGUCGACCUGCAACACAGCACAACAGGGGGUGAAGAAGGAAACUCUGGUGAAGGAUCGCCUGCAAGCAAACGCAAAGGGAGGUUGUCCAAAAUGGGAAAUAUCUUCAAGCCCUGGAAAUGGCGAAAGAAGAAGACAAGCGAGAAGUUUACCGAAACAUCUAUAGCUCUAGAAAGAAAAAUUUCUGUUAGAAAAAGUCGCCAAGAGCUGAUUGCAAGAGGAGUUCUAAAGGAAAUCCCAGAGAAUGACAAUGUGAACCACUCCAAAGCUCUGCCAGUCAAAAAUGGGCACCCUGUGCCAGUGGACAUGGAGGGGGUGUCAGAGGCGGGGGUGCGACUGUCUCAAGGGGAAUCGGACAUGAAGCCGAAUCCUGUUAAGCUGCCCCAGGCAGAUGAACGUCGAAGCAGAAUACCAUCUGAUCCCUCUCGGAGUAACCGUGCACCUCUAGAUGUGGACUCUCACACACGGCUUUCUGUGGACGUAGACAGACGAAGCCGUCUGCCAUCGGAUGUCCCUAAGGGGGGAGGAUCUUUAUCCCGAGGACCUCCUCAAGAAGAUAGAUGUCGCAGAGAAGAGAGGAGAGAUGGAAAAGAUGAUAGAGAAGAAAGAGGAAGGAAGGACAGGGAAGAAGUGGAAAGACGGGAAUGGCAAGAGGAAAGGGAAAGGGAUGGGGGUGUUGACCGGAGGGAAUACAGAGACUUCAGAGAAAGGCGCGACAAGAGAGAUGAAAGGACGGACAGAGACAACAGGGAAAGGAGAGAUCGCGAGCUAAGAGAAAGGAAGGAUCGGGAUGAGAGGGAGCGCAGAAAUCGUGAGGAAAGAGAAAGGAAGGAUCGGGAAGAGAGGGAGCGCAGAAAUUGUGAGGAAAGAGAAAGGAAGGAUCAGGAGGAGAGGGAGCGCAGAAAUUGUGAGGAAAGAGAAAGGAAGGAUCGGGAGGAGAGGGAGCACAGAGAUCGUGAGGAAAGAGAAAGGAAGGAUCGGGAGGAGAGGGAGUGCAGAGAUCGUAAGGAAAGAGAAAGGAAGGAUCGGGAGGAGGGGGAGCGCAGAGAUCGUGAGGAAAGAGAAAAGAAGGAUCGGGAGGAGGGGGAGCGCAGAGAUCGAGAUAAGAGGGAAAGGAGAGAGAACCGAGAUGACAGAGGUAGAGAAGACAGGGAGAGGAUAGAUGCCCGAUUAGAGAGAAAUGACCAAGAGGAAAGGGUCAGGAAAAAUGAAAGAGAGCAACGAGAUGAGGAGAAGGAGAGGGGAGAAAAGCUGGAUGUCAUGCGGCCCUUAGUCAGGCCGGUCUCUGAGAUAGACGUGCGGCCUGCUCUAAAGAAGAGCUCCUCAGAGGAGAACAAGAAGGCUUGUCCUGCCUCAGAAGCUGAUCGGAGGAGUACCCUGCCCAGAUACACCCCAGCCACAGAGUUUAGAGAACGAUCGGAUUCCACUGGUGUCCGCUUCAUCCCUGACCGCCAUCCAGCACCUGACUCUCAGCAAGAACUUCCACCACCCAAGCAGGCACUGCUUCCCCCGAAAUUCCUUGCUGCUCCUUCCACUGAGUCUGGCAGGAGUCCAACCCCGUCCCCUUCUUCACCCUCUGCCUCUUUCUCCUCCUCCUCUUCCUUGUCCUCUGCUCCUAUAACUGUGGCCAAGCCACUGCGGACAGUCUCCCUACAAGUCGAGGACCCACCUCGACCCUCCCUCACUGCCGCUUCGUCAGGAGACGCUGACAAGCCACCCCCUGUCCCUCCCCAUGCCAAGCAGCCCCCUGUCCCUCCACCGAAACCCACAAACCGCAACAGCAAUCCUGCACUGCUUGCAGAGCUUCCACAGCCUGGCAGCGGUGUGAUCACAGUCACAGCACCAGCUAAACCCUCUCCACCAACCCCACCAAAGAGGAUGACCCCCGUCACCAAGCGCCAUUCCACAGAUCCUUCCCCUCCCAGUCAGGUUCCAGAGUCUGUCACCACUGACCCAGCUGCUGCCCCUGCACCAGGGACCCCUGUUGUCCUUAGAGGAGAUAACAGUGAGGACAAGACAAAUGCAGCAGCUCCUCAGACCUCCACUGAGCCACCAUCUUCACCACCCUCCCAUAUACCUCCAUCUCCUCCCAGGGUUCAAUCUCUUCAGCCACCCGGCACCACCUCCUCUGGUCCUGUGCCCACUAUACAAGCCGACCCCCCCAGCCCAACCACAGAGCCUCCCAGCCAGCCUCCAGCCAUCCCCCUACACAUCCUGAUCAAGAAAGCCCUGGCCAGCCCUGGCCCCAUUCAGCCCAACCCAGAUGGCUCCCAAAGGGCCCACUCGCUACUGUUUGAGACUCCUCCAGACAUCUUCACUGAGGCGGGGGUCAACUCGCGUUACUCUCUCCCCGUCACCAUCGAACCUCUUAGGCUCCCAGAAGAUGAUGACUUUGACAUUGAGGAGGAGAUGCGGAAGCUUCACCCUCAGAGGCCUCCUCGUCAGCCUGAGCUAGAACCCCGCAGUAGGAGGGCUUUGAUUGUAGACAGCAGAGUCAGUGUCAUCCCAGAGGGCGUAGGCCCCGAGGACAGCGAAGAGGAGUCUGACUCUGAUGGCCCUGUACUGUACAGAGAAGAUGAUGAUGAUGAUGAUGAAGAAGAUGAGGAAGUCCCUACAAGUGGUCUGGCGAGCCGUGUGAAGAGGAAGGACACGUUGGCCUUGAAGCUGGAGAGAGAGGAGAGGAGCGCUCAGGAGAACCAUGACAACACGAGCUGGCACAAUACGGAGCAGUGGGUGGCAUUGAGGAGCAAGAUCAGCACCACGCUGACACGGCGGCUCAGUCAGAGGCCAACAGCAGAAGAGCUGGAACAGAGGAACAUCCUUCAAGCCAAGAAUGAAGCGGAUCGACGGUUAGAGAGGUCCGAGAUCAAACGGAGGCUCACGAGAAAGCUGUCCCAGAGACCCACAGUGGCCGAACUCCAGGCCAGGAAGAUCCUGCGUUUCCACGAGUAUGUUGAGUGCACUGAGGCCCACGACUAUGACCGGCGAGCAGAUAAACCAUGGACCAAACUCACUCCUGCAGACAAGGCUGCCAUCCGCAAGGAGCUCAAUGAAUUCAAGAGUUCAGAGAUGGCGGUCCAUGAAGACAGCAAAAUCUAUACCCGGUUCCAUCGGCCCUAGCUGUCCACGCUGACCAGUAAAGCACUUAGUCUGGGAGAGGUGAGGAGGUGCAAGCUCUUCUCCCUAUUAUGGACUGAAAAUGUGGCUCAGUUGUUUUGUUUUUCUGAUUGCCUGCUAACCUGCUUCAGCUGAAGACUGUUUUGUUUUGUUCAGCUGCUGCUGAAAAAAACAUGAGCCUAGGUGAACGAAGCCACAAGUGAGUUCAGCCACAGCUGGUUCUCAGAUUCCAGUGCUUACACUGUGGAGUUCAGGACAGGACCAGUUUGUUGGUGUGCCCAUGUUGGAAGUGCCCAGUGCCAACACUAAAAGAGCGAGGACUCCCACCUCCACCCCUGUGCUGGAGUUUCAGAAAGAGUUGGAUGGAACGGGAAGCUUAAUUCACGCCGUUGCCCCCUCAGGAAACCACUCUCACCAUGCCUUCACCUGCCUUCAUAAUGCAUGUUUUCCCUUCCUUGCAGAACAGGAAGGCUGCACAUAAAGAGAGCCUAUGGUGGACCCUGUUAGCACUGUUGAUGGUACCAACAAACUAAUCUGAACUUUGUUGAGCACUGUUUAUAUGUGCUUGUUGGGUACUACAGAUUUUUAUUCAACGGUGUCACACAGCCUCAGCAUUAAUCCUCACAUGACCUGUGUUCAAAGUGUGGAAGACUUUGAUACAGCACUGUUU